AUGGAGCUUGUGCCGAGAAAUUUGGAGGAUGGCCUUGAGGAGCUGCAGACAUUUAAGUCCAAGGAAUGUCUGGACAGGUUCUUGGAUGCGCAGAGGGAUCUUUUCCGCUGCCAGGUCGACCAGCUGCAAAAGAUCGUCAUCUACCAAUGCAAGGUCACCGGCGUGAACCCCCUCUCCCAGGAAAUGGUAGGCGUUUUUCUGCGGCUAAAAGUUUAAUUAUAAAUGCUCAUCUUCUGGUGCGCGUUUUAACGUAUUUGUCCGUCUGGUAUGUUUUCUGGGACGAGAGGGGUUGUGUUUGUGUCUCGCUCGUGCUUCUGGGGUCGAGUUCUUUGAUUCUUGAGCUUUCGUUAUGAGCGCAGGAAGGACUAGGACAGGAAAAGCCGAGUUAUACUCCCAUUUAAUUGCUUCUUUUCUUGCCUCAGAACUCGUCGAAGUGGAAAUAUCUGUGCGCUCUAGCUUGUCAGAUGGUCUUUGAUAUUCAUUUUGAUGAAGCUAGAUUUGUCAAUAUUACGGGAGUCAGUAUGUGGAUAGUCAUUUUUAUUUGUCAUCCCUCUCGUGGCCUGGCAGUGAGAAUUUGUUCGUUUGUUGUCUUGCUAUUUUAAACAAAACACCGUGCAUGUGUAUUCCUUUAGUUUAUUAUAAAAUGUAACUGUAGUUGGCAUCAAAUUGAGAACAGAAUGCUAUGAGGGGUUAUGAAUCCACUAAAGCUUAGGUUGUCUCUAGUUCGGAAAUAUCAGCAGGUCAGCAGAGAGUGGGUGCUCUCCACUGAAGUGGUUAUUUUCGUCAAAUUGAAGAGGAAUUUUUAUGUAUGCUCGAUGAAGCUUAAAUGUAUUUUUACUUAUGUGGACAAUACAGACUGACAUCACGUGCUGAAUUUCAUGUUUGCAUCUUGAAUCAGAAUAAGAGAACAGAAUGAAUUCCGAAAGUAUCUUCAGAUUAAGAACCACUUUUUUGUGAUAUGAGGCCAUCUUAAAUAUUGUUGCGUUCUCAUUUAGCUAGGUCUAAUAAUGCAUCAUAAGAAACAAGAACUACACUUAAGAUUGACAAUUAUUCUUGUGUUUUGAAUGCUCGAAGCUUGAGACGACGUGGAUGCAUUUAGUAGAAUUGCAAUGACAAUUGUUGUGUGCGGAAGAGCCACAUACCACAGCUUUCAUUGUUUAUAAUCUGAAUGGACCAAGUGUGUGCCCAGUAGGGUAGAGACUUUCAUGAUUCUUCAUGUCACAAAGUAAACGCAGCCUGUUUUAUUUUUAUUUUUUCUUCUGACUCUCGCCCCCAGUCGAUUUAAUACUCUCUAAAGUGAAAUACUCUCUAACCUAUCCUGAUCUGAAAGCAAAUUACCGUGGUAGCCUUCGUAGGCACUCAAAUAGUGAGCUUCUGUUGAAAAUGAUCAUGUGUUGAAAUGGAUAUUAAGUGCUGGUCACCAGCUUAACUUUGUGGUGUCUGAACAUGUUUCCUUCCUUCUGUACCAAUCACCAGUUGACAAGUCUCGUAGGCUUGUUCAGAGUUUGGAUACUUUUUCUAUAAAACCUCCAACUAUUUGCUUCAUCUACCUUAGAAGACCGCUAGGCCACUGCAUUUUCUGGGCUCACAGUUGUUACUGAUGAUUUUACUUAGUAUAUUGCGGGCGACAGCGUCUGGUCUACAAUGUGAUUCGGAUGAUUCUUGCAUCAUCUGUACAAUCUAUUGUCUCUUCUCUGAUGCUCCGGCAGACUUUGAUCCCUAAACUAGUGAAAGAACAAUACGUGGUGUUCCAUUUAGGCGAUAGGAAAUCGUUGAUACUUUAUCUUCACUGCUAUUAUCACAUUUUUUGCAAGCUAUUUGCAAUUGUAGUUCUGCAGCUCAGAACGUAAAUUUUGCCCUCUUUAAUUGCCGGUGGCCAGUGUUGGUUCUGGCGUAAUUUUACCUUGCCUUCAUCUCCGAUAUUGAUAUUUUUCGCAUUUAGUAUGCAUAUCCGAAAGUGAUCUUUUAGUUUUACUUAAGAAAUAUCAUGCCGAUUACUGUUUUCAACAAAAAGAAUGGAAAUACUGGAUUAACUCGGAAUAGUAACUUUGACAUUUUGUUACACUUGCUUACUGUUCAGUCUGAGGUUCAAAGAUCAAACAUAUUUAUGUCUGGAUCUUCAAAGAGAAGCAUAAUCUGCCACGUUUUCUUGUUACACAUACAGAACUAAAUUACAUGGCUUUCUUCCCUUUCUGUACACGAGGCUCAAAAUAGCACGUGGUAAAUACAGAGCAGAUGAUGCUUGUACUAAAGAAUGCCGUGUACUCACUAUUCAGACCGGCAGACAUCUUUAUGUGUGGGUGGUUGGUGCUCCAAACUGUAGGUGCGGCCAUGUUCACUAUCAAUUAAAAAAUUAUUUCAAAAGUUUCGUUGCUAUGCUGCUUCUGUGUGCAGUCUGUUUUUAUUCGUGUUGACUAUAUUUAUUUGGUAGCACUAAGAGUAAAUAGUUUUUUGGAGCUUGUUGACGGUAUGUUCCCUACUCUCACAGACAGAACCUCCAGUGCCCGGAAGUCAUGUGUAUCAGCUACCAUUGCUUCUAUGUGCAUGUUGUUUGAUAUUGGUGGAUGACAUCUCUCCAGUGCAGUUAGUGUCAAAGGACGAUGAGGAUGAAAAUACAUUUUCCAAAUUUCCAUGCUUCACUGAUAUAUACUAUUUUGCCAUCAUAUUCUCAUCUCAAUGUUUUUAACAUUUUAUUGAUGGCGAUUUUUUUUUAUUUCAGGCUGCUGGAGCGCUGUCUAUAAAUAUUGGUAAGUCGUACUUCUUUGGUUUUGCUUAAUUUACUUAGAUGAAUUGUGACGUAUCUAGAAAUUUUCCCUCCAAUUGGGUAGAAUUAAAGUUCAUAUUUGUAUUUUAGAUUAAUGUUAUGUAGUAUCUCAGGAAAAAAAAAGUUCCUCUUGAAGUUAUGUAUAGCAUUGCGAUGAAAUUCUUUCACUGUAUUCUCAUUAGUGUAUCAUAAACACCGCCAUUUUAUAGCCUCAAAUCAUAAUUUAGAUUGGGAGGGAGGGAGGGAGUGCCUUGUAAUGGCGUUCUUUGUCAGAUAAUGUAUUCAUGGUCUUUUUUUGAUUUCUGUAAGUUCCUUUUCUUUUUGGAUUGUAUAUCUUCAUUUCUCUUGCAGCUCAUAUACGUCCCCUCAUUUUUUUCCCCGUCUUCAGGAAAAAAGCCUAGGGAUUUGCUGAAUCCAAAAGCAAUCAAAUAUAUGCAAUCAAUUUUUUCAAUCAAGGAUUCAGUCAGUAAAAAAGAAACUCGUGAAAUCAGUGCUUUAUGUGGGGUCACGAUCACGCAGGUUAUAGUUUCUCCUCUUAUUGACGUGCUUUUUUUCUGAUUUUGAUGCUUUUCAAAUUGUUGGGAAAUCAAGCUGCUAGGAAAAAGUAAUUUGGCUAUUGUUGAGUCCUGUGAGAAAACUUAGAGAUUAAUUUUACACCUUGAUUAUGCGAAUGCUUACUCAUAAGCAAUUCAUAAUUCAAUUAUAAUUUAUAUUGCUAAUGAACAGGUUAGAGAGUUUUUUGCCAGCCAGCGGUCACGAGUUAGAAAGCUUGUCCGUUUGUCACGUGAGAAGGUUACAAAGUCUAGCGCAAGUGAUGAAAUAAGCAUCGGCUGUCCCUUGAAUUCUGGUCUUGCUGCUCCUGUCACCGAACAGGCAUGUGAGCCAUCUGUGGUUCCUAUAAGCGUCGAGGGAUGCGCACAGGUCCCUAUGAAUGGCAUACAGCAGCUUGAUGCGACUCAACUAUUGAAUCACGUUUCUGUGGAAGCUGGUGAUACUCGCACUACAAAAGAGGGUUUGUCGUGUGCCCCACAAGAAGAAACCAUACCUGGCCUUGAUGCCGAUGAUAAAAACUUUUUGGAGCACAUUUUCAGUUUAAUGAAAAAAGAAGAAACUUUUUCUGGGCAGGUGAAGCUUAUAGAAUGGAUUAUGCAAAUACAUACUUCUGCAGUUUUACAUCGGUACUUACCUGCCUCAUUUCUCGGCUUGAUCAGCAUUCAGACAACUUUUUGGUUGAUCACAUGCAUUUGGUAUGCUUUCAGGUUUUUGACCAAAGGGGGUGUAUUGAUUUUAGCCACAUGGUUGAGUCAGGCAGCUCUUGAAGAGCAAACAACUGUAAUUUUGGCCAUUUUUAGGGUAUAUACUUCAUCAAUUUGUCAUAAUGUUAUGUUUUUUUUCCGGCAUCAAGCUGAAAUUGAGUAUUUUCAGGUUCUUUGCCAUCUACCCUUACAUAAAGCUUUGCCAACACAGAUGUCAGCCAUUCUACAAACCGUUAACAAGUUACGAUUUUACCGGACAUCAGGUUUACCUUUUGCAUCCUUCCAUUAUGGACCCCUUCUUGCUUAAAUCAGUUCAUUAUUUUUUUUCCUUUAUUUUCUCAAUCUCCCAUGACUCUUUGACGUGAUGAAUGUCUGUGUAUCAAUUUCAUCUGUUUUUUUUGGUUCUGGGUUGUUAAAGGAAUUUUUUGUCUGGAGACAAACCUUAUUCAUCAAAAGUUGACAGUUACGGUUGAUCAAUGCCAAUUGUACCUUUCUAUGCACUUAUUGAUCUCUUUGAUCGAUUAUAAGAAAUGAUGAGUCACUCUGUUUCAUUGUAUGUCUACCUGUAAGAAGAAGGGAGAAUCUGAUUCCUUCAGGUUGAUUGAUUACUUCCUUGAGUUCUGUUUCCACAUUUUUCUUCUGAUAAGUUGUAUUUUUUUCUCAUUGUGCUCUGAUGGGAAUUGCAUAUUCUGAAGUUCAGACAUAUCAAAUAAAGCAAGAGUUUUGCUGUCGAGAUGGAGUAAACUUUUCAUCAGAAGUCAGGCUAUGAAGAGGCCACUUUCUGUGAAAUAUUCCUCUGACUCCCAGAAAGAAAUGAUUCGGAAGCAAAGGUAUGCUGGAGAUUGUUGUCUGCAGCAUUUUUUGUUCCAUCCAUAGUUUUUUUCACUUCAUGAAGGCUUAACCUUUCCUUGGCUAUAGGAUUAGUGAAAUUCUCAGUGACGGGUCAUGGCUCUCUAAAGUUGAUCUCCCUGUAAGUUUGUUGAGAAAUCUGAAAAUGAACAAGCAAUUCUUCACUCUACUGAUCUCAUACUUACGAUGUUUAUAUUUUAGGAAGAUAUUCUUGCUCUAAGUUAUGAAGGUUCAGCUAAGAACAGGUAUUGAUAUUUAUCUUUUGUAAAUAAUUUUAUUGUAUUUGAUUUCACUCAAGUACGAUGUGUAAACAUUUAAAAUUCAUCAAUUGCUCCAUCUUGUUCAGGAAAUUGGAUUCGAAACAAGCACUUAAGCUGCUUCCUGCAACCUCCAACGAGUCAAGUAAAAAACAGGCACGAAGUGUUUCAUGUCCCAGUAUCCUUUGUAGCUUUCAAGCUGCCACUUACUUUCUUGUCACGUCUGGAUUUUUUCCUUCGCUUCUUUUUUCCUCCUUGGUGGUUGUGGUUGUGUGGUGGGCACUGUUGGGAAUUGACCAAAAAUGGUCUUCUCCGUUGCAUGAGACUUAUUAAAUAUGUGGGGACCAAUCGCUGAAGUUUGAGGCUGGUUUUGAUCUUAAGGCGUAUGUACGUGAGGUCCAUGGUUGUUAAUCGAAUGAAUAGUCACUUCAACUGUGUAUUCACAAUUGCAAGUUUCUCUCCCAAGUUUAAUGCAUACUACCAAGUAAAAUUUAGAUCGCUUCCUUCUUCCUAGUUCACUAUGACACACUUAGUUAAUUUAUAGUGCUCAGUCAUAGUAUAAAUUUACCUUCUCUUGCCUGCAAAUACAUGUUACAACUCAGUCUUUCAAAAGUUUCAUCAUCCCUGUUGGUAACAGAAAUCAUAUAAAGGGAACACAAGAAGCUUUCAACGUGGAGGUGUCAUCAUAAUAACUAUUGGAUUAUUUCUCAUUGUUAAGUUUGAAGGUCGUCUGUUUGAAACCGAAUUCUUCCUGUUUUGCUCAGAAAAACAUUUCCUAGUGAUUUUUUUCUGCAGUCAUCUCUUGGAUCCGGAAUUGCGAUUCAAAGCUCUUGUUUUUUAAGGAAACAUGCAUUUGGAUUAGAUUUUAAGAAUUAAUAUUUGAUCCAUUUUUUGCAAAAUCCAUACAGUUGGCGUAUUCGAUGACAUGAUACUAUUGUGGGUUGUUUCUGUUAUUUUAGUUAUUCAAUACAUUUGAAAAGUGGUGUUUUAUUUGUAGUGAUGUGAUAUGUUAGCAUAAUACUGCUGUGCAUACUGUUAUCUCCUUAAUGAACAGUAGAAAUGAAAGAACGCAGGAAAGUAUUGCUGGUGGAGCAACCUGACCAUAGAAAUCCAGGUCGGAGUGUCCCAGUCGCCAGAGCAGUGCCCACGAAGAGUAGCCGCCCAAUGUCCUCUGAUGAUAUCCAGAAAGCAAAGAUGCAUGCAAUCUUCAUGCAGAGAAAGUAUGGGAAUACAGAUACGUCUUCUGAUGGACAGAAUACCAUUAAUCAGAAAGUAUCUAAUGCGUCUUCUGCAGACAAGAUCCCUAAAUUAUCCGAAUCAGAAAAAGAUGAGGACAAGACAGAAUUUCCCCACUCUAAGUUGGAAGAGUUGGUCGAUUCAAAGCCAUUGACUUCUGCUGGCUUAACAAGCUUCGUCGAUUCGAAGCCACCACGUUCUAUUAGCUUACCUAGUAUAGCGGAUUCAAACCUAUCGAAGUCUUUUGGCUUAGCAAACUUAGUUGAUGCAAAGCCUUCAAAUUCUGUUAGCUCACCCAGCUUAGUGGAUUCAAAGCCCUUGAAUUUCAUUAUCUUACCCAGCUUAGUGGAUUCCAAGCCGUUGACUUCUAUUAGCUUGCCAACCGUAGCUGACUCAAAGCCAUCAACUUCUGGUGGCUUGCCGAGCUUAGUCAGUUCUGAGCCAAGCACAGUUACUGGAGAACCUUCAUUGGAGAAGCUGAGAAGAGAGUGCAUUACAUGGCAGACGCCACCAGGUACAUUUCUUUUGGAUUCUUUUGUGUUCCCUUCAUUUUUUCUCUGCCAAAUAUUUUGAAAUGAGGAUAGGAAGUUGAGAAAUAAACUCAGAUGGGACAUGCUGUGUAAUGCUCACAUAGUACGACCCUUAAUGGGCUUAAUGGUCAGCUGUAUCUUUACUUAUCUUGGCAAUUUUGACAGAACGCAAACGCUUGCCACGAAUAAAUUGGAUUAUCUCGACUAUCUGCUUAGGCCUUCUCCCUCAUCAGAUGGCGGUGUUUCAAAAGUUUCUAUUAUUCCUUUUUGUUUUGAACACGUCUUCUGUUUUAAUCACGUGUCAGGCAACGGGAUCUAUAUUGGCGCUUCGUGUAGCCAAUUCAAUUCAAUAUGCCAUGCACGACAGGCUUAAGAGUGAUGUUCGCCUUUCAAUUCAACAAUGAUCGUGUUUAUUACUGUGAUUUUGCUCAUUGCCCCACUAUGAUUCUGGCCUAGCCGGGGCAGCGCUCUUCAGAGAAAUGUGGAUUGAGAUUAUCUAGUUGGCAUCAACAGAAAUGUUUGAGUUUUCUUCUUAAUGGGUGGCAGUUUGAAAAAUGGUCUAGCCGAUGCAUGCAGUUGCAGUUAUGUGCUUCUGAUCAUUUCUUGCUUAACUAAAAGGGCUAGUUCUUGAUCAAGGUGGGAUUAGGCUGUGUUCUUUAGACAUGAUCAAACCCGGAUAUGGCGAGAGCAGCAAUCGUUGAUAUGGAAGUGAAAGAUUUGAUUGGGAGGGAGGUCCUCGAGGCUUCAAUCGUUUCUCCUUUUUUUUACUAAAAAAAUAUAGAAUAAGAAUCAUCAGGCAUUCUGAGAAAAGUCGUCUCCUGGUUUCUCGCAGACCGGCAUCGUCGGGCUUUCCAGCGUUUUUACGUUUCUCCUGUGCAGUGAUUAGGAUCAGCGAGCUGUGGAGCAUCGGCAAUGGCGAGAGCAGCAAGGAGAUGGACGUGCAGACGGCGAGAAUCCGGCGGGAGCAGGAGGCGCGAUAUCCCAGUGCCGACGCCAUCCCGGCCAAUGCCAAGGACCCGUGGGACGUGGAGAUGGAUUUCGACGACAGCUUAACCCCUGAGAUCCCCACGGAGCCGCCGCCCGAAGCCGACGCCGGCGUGGACGCGGCGGACGCCGCCGCUGAGCCGGCUGCCCCCGCUGCUUCAGCUCCUCCUGCUGAAGCCGCUACCGCUGCCCCUGUCGCUGGGCCCGAUCUCGAGCUGCUGGCCGUGCUCCUGAAGAACCCCGAGUUGGUCUUCGCCCUGACGGCCGGGCAGGGGAGUAACUUGUCCAAUGCCGAGACGGUCGCCCUGCUGGACGUUCUAAAGCAGAGCAACGGCGGGUUGGCGGGAAUUUUGAGUGCGGCGGCGGGAGCUCCGCCGACGCACGCGGCUGAGCCGGCGACGUCUCUUCCGUCCCCCACGCCGCCGUCGGAGAGAGCGAGGGUAAGUCGAGCGCUGUACUAGUGGUAGUUCUCUUGGUGGGUUUUCUUCACGGCGGUUCUGGUUUUACACCUGUCGCCUCCUUUUUUUUGCUGCAGAUGGGGUGGCAGCCGGAGCCUGCGCCGCUGGUGACGAAGAACCCGCCGUUCCCGCAUCUCCUUCCUGGCGUCGGCGCGGCGGCGGCCGCCGCCACCACCGCUGCUGCUCCGAUCCCCUCCCCUCCGGCAAUCUCUAUGGUUCCUACGAGCGUCCUGUCUGCCGACCCUCUCCACCCUCAUCAGCAUCAUCAUCUUCCGGCCCACCUCCACCCCACCGACUCUCUACCGCCGCAGCACAGCGCCGCCCCACAAGCCGCCCCGUUCAUGCUGCAGCGUGCCGCUAAACCCGAGCCCGUCGUGCCGCCGCCGCCAACGACGACGACGACGAGGCAUUAUCACCCGGCGAACGGCGGCGACAGCAGCCCCCUCUUCCCUUCCUUGCUGCAACAACACAACCACCACCAGGAAGCCCUGAGCUUGGAGCAGCAGAUGCAGAGCCGGAAGGCCCCGCCUCUGCUUCCGACCCCGCCGCGGGCUCAGUCUCCUCUCCUCCCCGAGCCCCCGGCCCUGCGCAGCCGGUGGCCCACCGGUGCCACCAGCGGGGCCAGGGAAGCUCCGCCGCCGCCGGGCGCCUGGCACGCCCGUCAGAGCGGGCUGCUCGAGACUCCGCCCCAAGACCACCAUCACCAUCACCAGUAUCAACAGCAGCAGCAGCUCGUGAGUGUCUUCGCUGCAGGGCCAGCGCAGGCGCGGGCGAUGCUGCAGGGCCGGAUGGGGGACCCCAACGUCCUUGUAGACAGGUCGGAGCUGGAGGCGUGGAGCCCGGAGAGGAGUUCCGGCGGGGGAUUCCGGCCGGCCGGCGGCUUCCCGGACGCCAGAAGGGCGGCGGAGUACGCGUGGGGCGGCGACGUGUUGCCGGUGCGCCGGCCGAGGCUGCACCAGCUCCCGGGGCCGCGGGAUCAUCGGCACAGGUCUGGGAGGAGGUGGCGCGACAGGGAACGCAGGCCUUGA